AUGGACGUUCUGCUGAAGAUCUGCAGAGAUCAGGGGCGGGCCAACUCCCUGAAUCCAGCGGAUUUUGACUCUAGCAUUUCGGCCAUCGCCAACCUUCCGGUAAAGCAGUUCAUGGCAGCAGCGAAAGACGGCUGGGGUCCGUACUUCCGCAAUCUGCACAGUAAGAUGGAGACGACCGCAAGGUCUACCAUCACCGCCAAGAGAAUGAAUAGACCGCCACCGGAGCGGCGAAGAAGAUCGAGUCAACAACAACAUCCACCCUUACCCCUUCCGCGAAGGGCAUCAUCAUCAGGAGCGACAAAAGACGAGAAAACAAGCAACCGACCAUACAGCAAGGUCACCAACGACCUCCAUCAUAUGGUACGCAGCGCUGACGUUGCCAGUUCUGACAGCAACAAGCGGCGGAGGAGGAGGCAAAGCGAAGACGACAACUCCGAUGGCUUGGCGGCUUCGAGAGCGAGGGCGGCCAAGCGCCAGGCAGAGGAAAUGGUGAUCCGAAGGAUGGGAGUUCGCCUGCAGGCUCUAUGGCAAGAGCUCAAGAUCCCGGGUCCAGACCGGGCGUAUGUAACAGCCGCGUACCUUGGCGGAGGGGGUGGUGCCUUUUCGGGGCAGAGAGCUGGUGGCGGGGGUGGGAUGGAGAAACCACCAGUCCGCGGCGGCGGCGGUGGUGGUGGUAACAGUGGUCCUACGAACGAGAAUGUUAAUCGCGAGCUGACGAGACAGAUACGCCUUCUUCUCGAGCACAGGGCUGCCACAGUAAAGGUGCUCCGCUCCGUCAAUGCCCGAGAGUCGAGACUAUGCGAGGUCGAGCAAGCCCUGCAGGCAUUCCAAUGGCACAGGGGGCUCGACACCGAUGCUUUAGGUGUCGUGGUUUCUCUCGCCGGGCUCCGCGACGCCUCGCUUGACGUCGUUCGCGCGGUGGAGGAAUGGCGAACAAACCUGUGGCAGCCGCGAGCGUUCUGUUGGCGAGGGGUCAACUAUCUCGAAAAGAUGUCGCAGGACACCAUCUUUCUACGCUCUCCCGUAGGGAAAAGCUUGCUUGCCUCUGUGGGUUUGGAGGCCGAAGACAUGGUGAGUCGCUUGGUCUCGCGAAAACGGUAUCGAGGGCAACCACCCCAGGUGUUUGGUAGUGCUAGUAUGUUCGUCCUCUUUCCGUCCGGCAACGGUGGAGUUGCACCAUCAGCAAUACCUGGAGACAGCUCCACGUGCGGAAGCGAAUUGUCGGACGGAGAGAGAGGCACGGAGGGUGAUGUGCUCCGACCCCCUCCGACCAUCGUGCGGCUGACGCCAAAGGCUGAGCUCGUGUCAGCGUACCGAGCCCGCUACUUCGAGCAAUCACCGGUUGUUGGGGCUGGCGGGCGGUCGGGAGGGGAAAGCGGGGAUGUAAGAGGGGAACGAGGGCGGUUAAAAUCGACAGCGGCAGCGGCUACAGCCGCCAUGGAGGCGGUUGUCGUGCAAGAAGCCGCGUUGCAGCGGAGGGUGAAAGCCGAACGGGUUCGCCUGGCGACGAAGGGUUGUUUCGUGCCGCUACUGCGGUGGCUACCAGGGGAUAGCAGAAACCCCGCCCCGAAGGGAAAGCGUCGCCGGUCGUCUUCGUCGCCUCCGCCAGUGCCGCCUGCUGCCGGCAAUACCAACCCACCGCCUGGCGCAGAGAGCAAAACGCAUGCGGCAAAACACGUUGGUGACAGUUUUAAGCACGACGACGGGCGCAGCGGGGCUACUGCCGUGCGAGAUGUUCCCGAUAGCGCCGCGAUACCCCCGGAUCCCCUCACAGGCGCGGGAGCCAGCCUGUUCCGAGGAUCAGUUCCCGACAGCGCUCAGCAGGAAAGAUUGACAGUGUCGAGGGAGGGAGAUGGGCGCCAGGAAGAAGACAGGGAAGACAAGGAUGGGGACGAGGACGAAGACAGGGAGCAAGACGAGAAGGGGCAAGCUCCCCUACUCCACACGGAGGGAGUCCGAAGCCAGAAACAACCGUCACGAGUUGAGGAAGGGGGCCAUGACCAAACACAAAGCCAAUCGGAGGGACCCCAGGCAGGACAAGGUUCUACCGCCGAAGUCGAAGACAGAUCCGCCUUUUACGAAAACGGAGUUGGAGAACAGACGAAGAUGACGAAUCCAUUGGCCCCCUCGUUUCGUCUGGAAACCUCUCUACAUCCCCCAGGGGCGGAAGAGGAGAGCAGGAGCGAGACAGAUAUAGCUAGGAGGAGCGCUUGCACCGUUGGUGCCAAGGCAAGAGCUGGUGAAAAUGAAUGUUUGAAGUUAGUGGCAACGAGUGUGUGCCGGGUGGGGAGCGCAGGGAUACCUGUGGGUGGGGUUAGUAGUGGUGAAUGUGGUGAUGGUGACACAGGUCAGCCCUGGAUCGUCCCGGGGGAACUACGACAGGAGGGUAUUGUCGAUGAACAGAGGAGCGUGGCCCCAAGCGUUUGCUAUGACGAUGAUUUCGAACAAGACGCUGAGGGUAACUCUUUGAGCGACUCGGAGAGGAGCGGCGAAGGUGGUUGCGCUAAAUUCGGGGAGAGCCUGAACGGAAGCAUCAGCAGCGACGAUGCGAAAGACGCACGCCGGGACCAAGGCGUCGCCCAUACAACAGAGGAGGCCGGCGUUGCCAUCUCUUGUGGCGAGGAGAGACAAAACCCCGUUGUCGGAGACAACAACGUGCUGGAGGAGCACCAAAGACAGCAACAGCUGGUGGAGGAGCGGGAGAUCGUGGCCGCAACCGCGGCGCUACGGAUACAAAGGUCAGUGCGCGCUUGGCUAUGCCGUCGUGGCCGUCUCCGGAACACCAAGCCCGACGAAAUUGAAGGGCCACAAGGGAACGCCAAGGAGGGAAAACAAGAGUGGCUUGACGCUUGGCGAGCACGGCGCCAUUUCCAGGUCAGGCAAGCACAGAGGCCAGAGGAGAUCCAGGAGGGGGCGGCCAUCCGAAUACAGACCACUGUGCGGGAAGGUCUUGCGUCACGCCAGGUGGAAGAGCUGCCUCGCGAGUUGCACGCCAGAAAGAUGGCCGCCACGUUGAAAAUCCAAGCUUUCGUUUGUCGUCGUCGUGCCCGGAGAAACCCUGCUGCGGUCAACCGGCAUGAGAUUUCGGAGAAUGCCGACCUACGUCAGCAGCAAGAGGCGGAGCCCGAUCCAGAAUUGACAGGCGUUGGUGUCUGUCGUGGGACCGCGAGGCAAGGAGAAGAGGAGACUCUGGCCGUGUCCUCAGAAUUUGACUUGGCAGAGGCGGCAACGAGGAGCGACCGCAGCGCCAGAACGAUCCAGAAGGCCGUCAGGAGACGGCUUUCCUCCGGAAAUAUAACCAGCAACGCCGACGGGUUGCCUGCGAUGCAAGUACAAGGCCAGCCGAACACCCUUGAAGAAAAAGCUCAGGGGCAGCCGGACGUAGGAAAGAGAGGUGACGGCCCGGGAGCGGUGCUAGUCAAUCGCUGCGGCUCUGGUGAUGGCUCUAUUAUCCCGUCGCAACAAGCACCGGCGGUGGCGGCAGAAUCGUCUUCCCCGACAUUCCGAGCUGGUGAUGAACUCGACUCCCCGUUCUCCUCUGCUGUUGUUGAUGAGACUCCAUCGUCGACUCAAGCAUCAAGUGCUGACGGUCUUGACGCUAGGUUAAGCGACGCUGACGGCGAAAACCAUCAACCGGAUGUCGCCGAAUCUGCGUUCGUUGAGGCUGGUCUGCCGUCCACAAGUCUUCCGUCGGAAGACCCCGCAGAUAGUGAAACUGCUGAUGAUGCUGCCGGUGGCAAUCUUUCCCAGAAACUGCAUUCCCGGGAAGGGGGCAAUUUACAACCGGAAGGCACGAGUUCGCGGUCACCGCUGCCAUCCCCGACAACACCCCGGUCGGAAGUAACGGAACGAGGCCAACAGGAAAAGGAUCAUCAGCCACGACAAGCGGAAGGGGGUGGAGAAGGCGCCGUCGCUUUGCCCCCGUCUUCCGCCACCGCUUACCCACCCUCCCUUGGUCCAACAGUGGACGUCUUGGUCGACUCGCUGCCGAUGGACACGGACACGUCAGCGGACGCGAUGAUGACCACCGUCGUCGGUACGCACGCCGGGGGCGGGGCUGAAUCGCUAGGGUUUUCGGCCGUCGGUCUGUCUCCCGUUCCUGAGCGCCACGCCCUGGUGGCGGUGGCCGCGUCGGCGUCGGAGUACGGAUCGGAAGAUCUCGACUUCGACGCCCUCUCAUGGAGUCCAGGCGGCAGCAGCAGGGGUGGCGCCAGCAGGAGUGAGGAGGAGAACGCCGGUGGUGUGGCACAAGUGGCAACAACAAGUUCCGUUGUCACCACCGGAGAGGAAGUAGAGGAACCGACCGAAAGUCGAGGGAUUGAGAGAGUCGCCUCCCCUGUUGCUGCUGCUGUUGCCGGUGCCGCCGCGGAAAAAAAGCCAGCGGGAGAGAUUGAACCGGUUGGUUUAGCGGCACCAGAGGCGGCAACAGCAAAGGAGGUGCAACGAGGAGGUACUCAAUGUACGGAGGACGGCUCUGACAAUUCCUCCGUCGUGUCGCUGAGUGUGUCGAGCGGUAGUUGA